GAUAUAUGUUCGCUCUCCCGCCCACUUUUGCCUUUCAUUUGGCACUCGACAGCGUAAAGAUCAGCAACCGCACAUGAGCGGCCGAAGACAUGGCAGACCACCUGUCUUUUCUCGUCGUGUGGAAAUAUCAGGGCGGCGAACCUCAAGACUACGUUUCGCUGCACAGGCGAUUCUUCACUACACUUGAUGUACCACAAAGAGUACGUUUUCACAUGACCGAUGUUGUGGUGCAAUCGGGUGCGCACACUGAGGAGAACCUGUUCCAGGCUCUGUGCACGAUUAAGCUGCUGGACCACUCGGCUUCCAAUAGCGAGCUAUCCUCCAUAUGUUCCAGCAUAGCUCAGCAGUGGUGCUUUCUGGGCAAGGUUGUUCCGUUUAAGGGGCAUCUUCAGUGGCUGAUUCCUGACCGCGAACGCUGUUUUUGGCGCGGUUUCUGGCGCGGUACUACUCCGUACGAAACGCACACGCCGCUGGAGUCUCUCUCUUUCGGAACCUUCGCUGGCCUUUGCGUGUUCGCUCAAAGCCACGUGAUUUAUACCGAUGAAGGCCCUCCAUCCUACACGCUCUCUUGCGCUUUCAAACAUGACGAGAGAUUACUGCAAGUACUGCUCUUUUUGAACCACAGUCAUGGAUGCAGGCACCUUUCCAGCGCGUUCAAGCUGGAGAUAGCGUACGGCAGCAUCUUCAGGGUUGUCGUGAACGAGGUGGAGAGAAACCAAGACACCAUAGGCAUCUACCUACAGCUCACCACCCCGCCAUUGCUGUAUCUAAGAUCAAAAAAUCCCGGCAGCUGGGACACUCCCAAUGGCAGCGCCGACAGCGCAUGGUUCAACCGAGUGUUCCAGCUGGGAUGUACUUGCUUUUGGUUGAUGCGUAGCUGUGACAUUGGUGCAAGCUCUGUCAUCAAGUUGAGUCUCAAGAACAAACUGAAAGAAAUACAAGCGAUCGGUUGUCUAACGGCCCGUUGCAAGCGGGAGACAACUUUUCAGUACUCUCCGAUGGUGACGUGCAAAAUUGGUUCUCAGCUGAGAGAGAUCAGGAAGCGUUGCAGCAGCAAGGUUAAGCCGCGUCUCGAUUUCUCCGCUUGUUAUGCCUUGAGCGCGGUUCUACAGCAAGGAAAUAAUGUAUAUUCUCAAAUGGCUUUGCUCGCUCGCGACAAGUUGGAACAGUUCGAAGAAGACUUGGUUAGCUUUGCCCUCAGAAAUAGUGCUGCUCUCGAGGCCGCUCUUUUUGCGAUCCGCAGCGCAAUCGAGGAACACGAGGUGGUCGAUAUCGUUUACUGUCUGCCGAAGCUAUAUGCCAAAUUCUGCAGGGUUGCUCUUCACCUCCCCAACACGCCCAAUGGAACGCGCUUGGUUCGCCGUUCUAUAGUCACUCCGUCCAAAGUGCUCUUGCUCCCUCCCCAGCUUCACAACGAGAACCGCAUCCUCCGCAAAUUCGACCCGGAGUACUCACUACGUGUGUCCUUUCGUGACGACAAUUUGCAACACUUGUCCUACUCGCUCAUGUCCGGCUCCUGUCGGCAUAUGGCAAUCGAAAGGGUCGUCACCGACACUCUCCGGAACGGUCUGGCCGUAGGGGACAGGCAGUUCAAGCUUCUGGCCUCCUCGUGCAGCCAACUGCGAGACCACGGUGCAUGGUUCUACGCUACGGAUGGCCAGGGGUACUCCACCGAUAUGAUCCGCUAUUGGAUGGGUGACUUCAGCAGUAUCUCGAGCACAGCAAAGAAGAUGGCGCGCAUGGGCCAGUGUUUCUCAUCCACUGAAGAAUCCGUGAAAGUGGCCCUCCUCAGCGACUCUGUGCAGGAAGUCCCGGAUGUUCUUGGAGGGAGAAACUCUGCGACAAACGAACAGUACAUUUUCUCUGAUGGCAUUGGCAUGAUUUCUUCAGAACUGCUUAAAGAGGUGCACGAGAAGCUGAAGCUUCUUGAGACACCGUCAGCCAUUCAGAUCCGCUACGCCGGAUACAAAGGCAUGCUUUGCCUCAAUCCAUCGCUCCCUGGUCGCCAGCUGGUUCUCCGGGAGAGCAUGCGCAAGUUCAACUGCGUCAACUCCGAGAACAUCGAAGUGAUCAAAAUUUCCGCUCCACGUGUGGUAUUUCUCAACCGGCAGCUCAUCACGCUCCUCGAACAGCUCGGCGUCCCAAGCCGCAUGUUCUUCUGCCUGCAGCAGCACAUGGUUAUGCUCCUUACGGAAUCCCUCGUCUGCGACAAGAGUGCGCUCCAGGUCCUGGACACCUACGUGGGCUCUGCGCUCCCGUUUAAUCAACUCGCACGAUAUGGCUUCUCGCUUACUCGAGACCCCUUCGUGCGCUCGAUGCUCUUCGCGGUGUAUAGGACAUCCAUGGAGUCUCUUUUGUCAAAGUCCCGCAUAGCUGUGCCGCACAAUAUGGGGAGGAACAUGUUCGGCGUGCUGGACGAGACCCGGACGCUGCAGUAUGGCGAAGUUUUUGUGCAGUACACUUCCCUGACUCCGAGAGGCCCCCAUGAUGACGGCCCCGAGACUACAGUGCUGACAGGAACGGUGCUGGUGACGAAGUGUCCUUGUCUUCAUCCCGGCGACGUGAGGAAGUUCACUGCAGUCAAUGUAACUGCACUUCAUCACAUCAAAGACUGCAUUGUUUUCCCAGCAAAUGGGCACAGGCCACAUCCUGACGAAAUGGCAGGUUCUGAUUUGGAUGGAGACGAGUAUAUUGUCAUCUGGGACGAAAGUCUUUUCUUUCCGGGACCCAACAGAGAGCCCAUGGUGUACGGGCAAAAGCUACCUCCACAACAGUCAGAGCCUAAUCUGGUCGACGGCAUGGCGAUGUUCGUCUCAGAUUACAUCCUGAACGACAAUGUUGGUGUCAUGUCCAACGCCCACCUAGCCCUGGCUGACAAGCUUGAAAGCGGAGUGUUCUCAAAGCCAUGUCUCUCUGUAGCGAAGAAAAUCUCGACAUGUCUCGACUUUGCAAAGACUGGUGUUCCCGCUCUUUUGGAAAGGAACGAAAGACCCGAAGAGUACCCAGAUUUUAUGGAUAAGGGUGGUCAUAAAAACACGUACCGUUCUGCUAGAGUUCUCGGCCACCUGUACAGGUUUCAAAGAUUUCUCGAGUCUGUCGUUAGCUCUAACUUCAACAGUCACCUCGUUGAUAGCGGAAGCAAUAUCAAACUGCUUGAAUUGUGCGGCUGGAAACGUUACAAGUUCAUCGUGGAAGAGCUGUUGGCUAUGCACGGGUCCGACAUGGAUCGCAUACUCAAGCAGUAUGGUAUAAAAAGUGAAGCAGAGAUUGUGUCCGGGUACAUCAACGACGUCUCUGCCUCCAACAAGGGCCACUACGAGAAGAGCAACGUCGAAGUUCUUGUCGCGAAGCAGUACCGAGCGAUAGUCGAGUCGACACGGCAGCGAUUCUUCGAAGAAGUUGAUUAUGCGUGUCGCAUGGAAAAUGCGCUGUCAGAAGCGGAUAAAAAGCAGAUUCUUUUGAGGAUGGCGUCGGCGUGCUUUAUGGUGACCUACUGCAAUGCACAGAAGCCGUAUUCCAGCUUCCCUUGGUCUUUUGCGGACGUUAUCCUUCUCGUCAUGGAGGAGAGUUCAUCUCGCCUUGAGCGCACGAGCAAGAAUCUGCUCGUAUCCCGCCUGGAUGAUCAGCUGGCGGAUGCUGCAUCUCAACACUCGGCCAAGAAAGUGGCUCUAGAAGUGGUGUUGAAGUGGGCCGAGAAAGAAGACUUGAUACUGAAAGCAGCAGCCGUUAAUUGUGCUCAAAUUUGCAAAGAUUGUCUAGAAAAGCUCUUCGCCAAAAGUGCGCUUGCAGUGGAAUCCGCGCAUGCUGAAAAGGACUCUGAGAAUGGGCAGCCACCUUCCACUGGUCGUUACGUCACUUCAUUUCUGCGUUACGUGAGCAGCUCCUCAGUCGUCUUCCCUGAAUGUGAUGCCUGCAGCAGGUCAUCCCAGACCCACACCCUGACAAUGGCUGCACUCCGGACUUACAGCAUGUUGUCGAUCUUGUGCGAUCUCUGCCAUCUAGGCCUGCCCUGCGACGCAAGCCUCCACGAACCCAUCCAGGAGAUAAAGGAAGGAAACUCUGUUCGCAUCAAGGUGUCCUGCCCCGCGUUAUGGGACAUGCUGGUCCACAGCCAAGACGAAGUGGCCGGCCUGCUCUGCGCUUGGUCCGGCGUGCAAGAGGUUCGCAUCCGGCGCGGCGCUGACCGCUGUAGCGGCCAUUACAUUGUCGUAUCGUCGAUCGGCCGUGACUGGCAGCGCUGGUUUCUGGAAGAGCUGCUUCUCCAGCCUUGGUUUGCUCGCGCCAUCUUGACGCGCAGCCUCACCGAAUUCAUUCGUGCAUGAUUUGUUUUGACGCAGGUGCAAGGCAGCACUAGCACCUAACGCAUAAAUUUUAACUACUUCUACUUUUAAUCUUUUAACAAGCUGACUUUUAA